CCUCCCUUCAUCUACACCGCUCAUGCGUGCGCUUGUACUCCAGAACUUUUACGGGACACAGUAUCUUGUCGACCGCUCCCGCACUGUCUUCCAGUCCCUACUCGGUUCUUCCGUUCUGCUAAAGCUACCUCCACCUGUUGUCGCUUGAGUCCAUCCAAGCCAGCUUCUCCCAUCAAGAAGCUUAUCAGAAGAAAAGGCCGAUCACGGUCAUCAUGGAAAGCGAUCUCGCCGACUUGGACAAUUCACCACUCCCCUUUCUGCAUCUUAUGGGGUCCCUCAAGCGCCUGCCACGAACGGGCUGGUUGAGAACAAUCGAAAACCCGGAGAGUGUCGCCGCUCACAUGUACCGGUUAUCAUUGAUGGGUAUGUUGGCACCGGAUAAUACAAACAUGGAAAGGUGUAUAUUUCUAGCCCUGUGCCACGACAUGGCAGAAUCAGUGGUCGGAGACAUACCCACAUUUGCUGGAGUAACCAAGGAACAUAAGUACAAACUAGAAGACUUUGGUAUCCUGUAUAUCGAGAGCCUGCUAGCCACCUCUAACCCAGCUGCAGGUAAGAAGAUCAGGAACGCGUGGGUAGAGUACGAGGAAUGCAAGACACCCGAGGCUCGAUUUGUGCGAGAGAUGGACAAAUUUGAGUGUUUAAUCCAGGCACAUGAAUAUGAGCAAAUGACGUUUGGUGAGAAGGACCUCGAAGAAUUCCAGGGACUGUCUUCCAAGAUCAGCUCUUUCGAAGGGAAACGUUGGAUGAAGCUGUUGCAGCAGGAGCGGGAAGCCCAUUUCGCAAAGCGAAGUCAGCGAACUCAUGUCAUCUUUGUCAUUGGCGGUCCUGGAGCUGGCAAGGGGACACAAUGCGCUCUUCUGUCAGAGGAGUUCGGCUUCCAGAGCAUAGACUUAGACGAGUUGCUGCGCGAGAAGGCUGAUGACCCAACGUAUUCCCAUGCGAAAUUCAUAAGACGCUGCAUCGAGGAAGACGUACAGGUGCCAGUCCAGCUAGCGAUUAGCUUACUGGAGGCGAAAAUCAACAAAGGAGUAAGGGAAGGGAAGAGCUGGAGUCUGGUUUGUGGGUUUCCGAAAAACAUGGAGCAUCUUAUCGAGUUUCAAGAAAAGGUCCAGAAGACAAACUACGCUCUGCUUCUGAGUUGCUCCCCAGAGGAGCUGCUCCGACGUAGUCAAGAACAGCAUUCAAAUGGAGCAGACGGUGCGUCGGAUGUUCUGAGGAGAACUCGGGAUAUCCCGGUUCAGAAUGCAGAAGUCCAGAAUUGUCUAGCAAUAGAUGGAUACUUUAGCCGGGUAAACGGAGAUGGAUCCGUGGCAGAGGUCUACGGACUUGUCAAAAACGCUGUGAAGGGGUUUGUGCAGCAUGCUGAAGAAGGCAAAUAGAUUUGUUAUGUUCAGCCAGAAAGCGUAACGGUCGCCGUGCCGUCAAUAAAUGCUUUUGACCUCAUAGCC